AUGAUGAGUAUUGUAUUUUCUCAAGAAGAAAAAUUCAGUAUGUACAUUGAAGAACUAUCAAACAAUGAUUUUUCUAGUUUUUCUUCUGUUCAAUCUCUUUUUGAAGAAAACCCUAAUGAAAGGAAAUAUGUUUCUGCUUUGAUAAAACUCCUUACCGAUCUGAAACACGAAAUGUCUGAGAGGUUUAGUGACUUCAGAAUGUAUCAAGAACCAUUUCGUUUAAUAGAAAAUCCAUGGGCAUUAACAAUUGCCUAUGUUGCAAAACUCGCUAUUUUUGGAUACGAAGCCAGAGACUUAAAAACGAGCUAA